UCCGUGAUACGAUCCUUUGGAAUCCCGUGAGACACUCUUAGCAUUUUGUAACAGAAACCAUCAACGUUAGAUGCUCAAGGUGUACUAAAUGGAGUUAAACCUGAACAUUCUCUACGAAUUUACUUUGAAUGUGAUAUUUAGUGGAGUGAAACUUAUUACUUGCUGCAAGAAAUUAGAGCAAUAUUAACAAUGGCAUGUUCGAGCGCAUCUGCUGCUGCCGGUGGCGAAGAGGAGAAGAAGGAACAGAGGCUUAUAGAUGCCAUGUUCCUCUGUGACGAGUGGAAAUCUUCGAAAGGUGGAUUAUCAACUUUCAAUCGAGAAUUUGCUAUUAAUUUGGCAGAAACGACGACUGAUAGCAUGAAAAUCCACUGUUAUGUCUCUAAUAGCGAUGAUCGGGACAGGGAAGAUGCUGAACAACAUGGUGUCAAUUUAAUCACAGCUCGAAGUGUUCCUGGUUCAGCCGACCCCCUCGAGUGCUUGAAGUUUCCACCCUCACAGCUCCCAAAGCCACAUCUGGUAAUAGGCCAUGGAAGAAAGCUGGGUAGUCCUGCAUAUUUCCUAGCACAGUCUACAAAGUGUAAAUGGAUCCAAUUUGUUCACGUCUACUGCGAGGAUCUUGGGAAAUAUAAAGAAUCUGCCACGGCUGCAGAAGAUACAAUCGAAGAGAACGAGAAGAAGCACAAGAUGGAAAUUGAGUUGUGUAAAGCAGCGGAUGCAGUUGUUGCCGUUGGCUCCCGUCUACAACAGAAGUACAGCAGACGUCUCCUUAAUGUUGAAGUGAAGAUUAUCACUCCUGGGAUCUUUGGAAAGUUUUCCAAUGAAUCAAAAUUGGCUGUAGACAGAUCGGUAGUAAAGAAUUUUAAUGUGUCUUUGUUUGGCCGAGCUGCCUUUGAGGAUCUUUCCCUGAAAGGCUAUGAUGUAGUUGCAAAUGCCAUUGGUUCUCUUGGUAAGAACUUUGAGUUGACAUUUGUCGGCUCAUCUCCCGGUGAACAACGAAAAGUUGAGCAAUGGUUUCUUGACAACACGUGCAUCAACCGCAACCAACUAACCAUCCGUCGAUAUUGCAGUGAACAAGAGGAACUCAAGGUGAUGUUCUAUCAGUCAGAUUUGGUUGCUCUGCCAUCCCGUACCGAAGGAUUUGGGCUUGUUGCCCUUGAGGCCAUUUCUGCUGGUGUUCCUGUUCUUGUCUCUGGCGAAUCUGGCAUAGCUGAGGCUUUGCAAAAAGUAGAAGGUGGAAACACUGUCAUUGUUGGAUCAGGUGAAGAUGAAGAUGAAUGGGCACGAAGGAUCAGAGAGAUGUAUGAAGAAAGCGCAGAAGAGAGAGAAGCCAAUGCUGUGAAGCUUCGCGAGAACUACAGUAAGGCCUACUGUUGGAAAGCAGAAUGUGAGAGGUUUAAAGGGCUGAUUGAAAAUGUUGUGAAAACUGCAAAUGAGGAACAGCAGAGAGUGUGGUCUCUUUUGCAACUGUUAUUUGGUGUCUUCACGCAACAUGCUCUCUUUCAAAAGGGGAAUAGAGGGUGUUGUUUGAUGGGACCAAACUAUGGCAGUGAAGGAGACAACAGUGGUGAAAUGAAUAUUAAUGUUGAUGUGGAUGACUUGAAACCUGAAGAACAGAAUAUGCAGACUGGCAUGUUGGCAACAGAGUCUGUCAGAUGCCAAGAGGUUCAGCAGCCUAGAGCAUCUGCUACAUCAGCUGCAUCUGGAA